GACUUUGUGAUAUUAUGAGUUUAAUGUGUAGCGAGAGUCAUAACAUUAAAGCUAGUUUGGUUGGCUGUGCAGAUACAGCUGUUUUUGACAGCUGUCAGUCACCUCACGUUGUUUACGUCUCCAGCUGCAGCAGCAUCUGUUAAUAAAGAACUCACUGUGUCUUUGUACAGAAAUAUAGAGUCAUAGUAAAGUCAUACUAGUAAAAGGAAGAUGAAGCUAUCCCGAGCUGAAUAUAAAGAGAUUUCGAGAUGGAUUGAUCAGCUGAGACCAACCCGCCAGUGUCUGAAGAUGCUGAAGGAAAGAUUUCCAAAUCACUCGCAGUCCACUCUUCUGAGCAUCUUCUCCCUGGAGUACCAGAAACGAACCAAAAGAACAUUCUUCAGACACCAUGCACCAGAUGUCAUUGAAAGCCACUACCAGAGGUAUCUGAGUGAAGCCAAGGCACAUCCAACUGCUCCUGUCCUGCUGGAGUUGGCCAAUGAGGUGGAUCUGUCUCCUGCAAUGAUGGCUCGUAUCAUCCUGGACAGAUUCCUUCAGGGCCUGGAGGGUGAAAUGCCCUCUAAAACAGUCCUCAACAGCAUGCUCAAGGAGCCGUCGUUAAUUCCGGACCCGAUUUUGGCCAAAAACGUCUACCAGUGCACAAUAAAUGACUGCUGUUAUGGACCGCUGGUAGACUGCAUCAAACACGCUAUUGGCCAAGAGCAUGAGGUGCUGCUCUGUGACAAACUGAAGGAGAGGAACCUUUCCUUUCUAGAUGAAAACCAACUGAGAGCUAUGGGCUAUGACAAAACACCCGAUAUCAUCCUGGAGGUUCCCAUUGCCGUGGAGGGACACAUUGUACACUGGAUUGAGAGCAAAGCCUCUUUCGGAGACGACCACAGCCAUCGUACCUAUCUCAACGAACAGUUCUGGAGCUACUGGAACAGAUGGCAUUCCAGCCGUCACUUGAGGUUUGGUCCGGGCCUUGUGAUCUACUGGUACGGUUUCAUAGGAGAGCUGGACUGCCAGAGAGACCGAGGUAUCCUGCUCAAAGACUGCUUCCCCACAGACAUUGUCACCCUGUGCCAUGCCGCCCCGCAGGAGCGCCCACAACAAGAGCCAGAAUAAAGACAAAGAGCGAGGGAAAGGAGGAAGGAGAGAGGAAGACGAGGAGGCGGGAAGUGUAGCAACAGCUCUGGAUACGUAGAUCCGGAAGCAAUUUGGCUUUCCUGCAGUGUGAGCCGACGGGCAACACAAAAACCUGCCCUGAACUCCACCUGACCCUCCGUCUCUGUCUGUCUCUCCCUUCCUCUCUUUCACUGCCCCAAAGCUACCACAUGUAAACACACACCAUCUUUCUGUAUAUCUGACAGCACAGGGUCAGAUUCAUACCUGUGUGUGAAAAACACCGUCUUGGAGGCUUUCCUGAUUGUGGUCAGCUCCUGGCCCCUGGAUGGCCUCUCGCAGCGGACAGCCAGGGUGAGAGCCAGGGCCAGAGCAGGACAUAGGGCCUUUUUCUUAUCACAGCCAAAGCCCUGGCCUUUGUCACUCCUUCCUCCUCCACUCCAUAGGCAGAUAAGAGAGGUGCGGUCCGGGGGCUGGGUGGACGCCUGUCUCUCACCUGCGUCACUCAGUGCCCUCUCAGUGGCUCUCCAGGGGGGUAAACAGGAUCAUUUCUGAUUAAAGAUGGCCUCACUCUGACCCUUCUCACUUCACUUUAUAACAUCUAGUGAGGACAUUUUGUUUUCUCUUAUAACCACAGUGUGUUGAAGCAGGAGUUCAUGGCAAGUAAAUAUCAGCACACUUAUUAUUUUGUCAACAAUUUCUGCUUCUUUAUUGAAGAUUAUCUCAAUUAACUAUAGAUGUUCAUAUUUUUGGUACAUUUUUUUUCACAAACUUGCCAUUAAAGGGUGCCCACGAUGACAACACAACAGGUGUUUUUGUUUUUCUCCUCGGCUGGAAUUUUAUGGUGUUUAUGGUGUCUAAUUCACAACAUGGGUCAAAAAUUACCCACAUUCAUUUCCCAUGUUACUUCAUGCUGGCUGUGUGUUUCUUUGCUCUAUCUUUUGAAAUCAAUUUAUUUCAUUAUUGAAUAUUCAAAGUGUUCAUUGAAUAUCUUGUUUUUGAUUACAACAGAUCAUUAUUUCGAUUUUUCCCUUCAUACUUUAUAAAGAAAAAUGUUUUUCCGCAAGUUAAUUGAGGAAAACCUGGAAUACUCAAUGAUGAAAUUAAUUUAUUGCAAAGAUGUAGAACAUAAAAACUCAGUCGGGUCACAACCGCUAUUCUUAAGGAUAAAUAAAAUAUUUUCUUUUAUUAAUUUGUUAGUUGUUUAGUCUACAAAACAUCAUUAUAAUCACCAAAUAAUCGCCAUCAAAACUUCCCACCCAACAGUCCAACACCCAAAGAAAGUAGGUCCUUACAUAUGAGAAGCUUGUUUUAAAAGCUUGACCGAUAUGGGACUUUUGG